AUGCUAAGAUCAAUUAAUAUCAAUAUGGAAAUUAAUUUAAUUCCUAUUGCAAAUACUUACGAAGUUGAUUUAAGGUGGUGUGGUUAUGUUCAUUGGAGUGCUGGAAAAAGAAGAUAUAGUGAUUUUUUAAAAUUAUUUGAAUCGUUAUGUGAAAGAUAUGAUGAAGAUGAUUUUCCUGAAUUUCCUGGUAAAUUAAUAGUUCACAGUGAAGAAGGGUUAGCAGAACGAAGAUAUGAUUUAACUCUUUAUUGUCAUUCAUUAUUAACAUCAACUAUGACUUUUCUUGAUCCAAUUGUUGUUACAUUUUUUAAAAUUCCAACAUCAUUAUUAUAUCUUUAUCUCCCAAAACCAAAAAAUUAUUAUCAACAAUACAAAACAGUUUUAUCACAAAACUCUUUAAGAGAUAUUCAAACUUAUGCAUUACAAACUGAAAUAAUAGAAGAUGAAUUUGGAAAACGUUGGUUACAAAAUGUACGUGUAAUUUCAACUGCACUUCUACAAGCUCCUUCUGAUUUUCAAAUUACAGUUGAAGAAUAUAUUAAUCCAAUGAAUGGAAUAAUUAAAAUUCCUGAUCCAUUUAUUAUUACAAAUGAUAAUAUUUAUGAAUUUAAUUCAAAAAUUCGAAAAGUUAUGGGAAAAGCAAUGGAAUUAGUUGAAAAAGUUCAACAAUUAUUAUUUAAUGUUCCUCCUCAAAUACUCAAUGAAAUUUUUGAAUUAAAAGUAGAAACACAAAAUUGUAUAGAUUCUGUAAUGUAUAACCAAGUGACAUUAGACAGAGAUUCUAUUGAUAUAAGAAUGCUUUGUUAUAGAACUAUUACUGAUGUUGAUAUUAUAUUAAGUGAUAAAUUAAUGCCACUCUUAGGAAAAAGUGCUGUUGUUUCUUCAUUAGGAAGAAGUAAACAAAUGUUUUGGAUGCCAUACAAUGACAAUGGAAACUUUAUGAGGAUGGAAGAAGUUUUUAAUUAA